CUGUGCGUAUUAUCUGUGGUUAACACUUCCGCCGCCAUAGCAUGCCAUAACGAAAACAUUUUGUAAUUUUAGUGUGUUAUCAAAAUAACAAACUCAUUCAUUAAAAUUUAACUCCUAGGAAAUAUGGCAAUUGUAGAAGAUGAAGUUCGUAAUGGAUCAGAAGGAGAGGAUGAAAUUGAAGUGGUUGUCGAAGAAGAAGACGGUGACCAAGAUUCUGACGACUCAGACGAUGACGAUGAUGAUGAAGUUGAAGAUGCAAUGGAGAAAGUAAAUGAAUUGGAAAGGAGAAUAGAAGAAGACCAUUAUAAUUAUGAUGACCACAUAAGUUUAAUACAGGCAUUAUGGCGCCUAUCAGACUUAGAUCGUUGGAGAGCUGCAUUUGAUAGACUUCAAAAUACUUUAGUGCUUCGACCAGAACAUUGGCUUCUGAGAAUUCAAACAGAGGAAUCACUAGCCCAUACAAGUGAAGCUCAGGCAGAAAUAGUUAAUCUUUUCAAACUAGCUACCCUUGAUUGUUAUUCUAUAUCUAUUUUAAGUGAAUGGUACUCAUGGUCAUUAAGCAUUAAUGACGUAACAGAAGUGCGCGGGCAACUUGAAGAAGUGUUACGACGUGCAGGUGCUGAUCCACUUUCAGGCAAAGCCUUUUGGGAUGCCCGGUAUGAGAUGGAAAAAGCACAACUUGAAGCCAUGAGUGAAGAUGAUUCAGAGUAUGAAACACAAAAGAAGCGUGUACUAUGGUGCUUGGAAGAGAUAUUGUCGCGACCACUUAUCAGAGGAGAGGAAGUGUUGCAGACAAUGGAAGAACUAGCACUACAAUUAUACGAUCAGGAGUAUGUGGAUAAGAUAAAAAAGAACCACGAAGUGGCUGUUGAAUAUUUGCAGAAAAUAAGUGGAUUUGAAGAUAAAUUAUUGGUUAUUGAGGAUGUUGAAGAAAAAUACAAAAUGUACCAGGAGUACAUAGAUACAGUGAAGGACUUGGCUCAAAACGAAAAGUAUUCGGAAUGCGACAGUAACGGUAUACUUAAGGUGUUAUACGAUCGCGCGACUACAGAAUGCCUUACGUCGUCUCAAUCACACGAUCUGCUACUCGCGUACGCACGUCACGUGCAACGUACAUCGUCACGUGAUACGAUACAUCGCGUGCUAGACUCGUGCACGCGGAGAUGUCCUCGGAAAUCAACCUUCUGGGUGCUAAAGAUGCAGCAGGCUGAACAUGAGAAUAAGGAGUUUGAUGAGGUAAAAACUAUAUUCGAAACGGCUUUAUCAAAAGGAAUGGAUUCGUACAAACAAGCUGAGUCCCUAUGGUUAAGUUACUGCGAAUAUACACGGCGGAAGACUGCCUUCGACAAUGAACCGGAAGUAGAAAAACUAAGGUCUACGUUUCGACUCGCCUGGGAUUCAUUGGCUGAGGCUUGGGGCGAUGAAGCCAAUGAUUGUGAAAUACCAUUGUUCUGGGCUAGACUCGAAUACAAGAGAAUGAAAGACCCAAAGCAAGGGAAGGAGAUAUUUGAAGAAAUAUUUAAGUAUGGUGAAAAUAAAACCCUAUCCAAAUAUUGGGAAGCGUUAAUUCACUUGGAAAAGUGCCGAGAGCCCCCGGCCAACGAGAGAAGGUUGCGCGAAUUACAUCGGCGAGCGUUACGAAGUGUCACAGAUUAUCCACCGACUCUGGUUCGUCUGUGGACAGACUUUGAAAGGGAUAUUGGCGAGCUACAGACUAUGUUAGAAUGCUCUGAGCUGUGUCAGGCUAAAGUUAAAGAAUGGCGGGACAACUAUCAAGCGAUGAAAGAAAAAAUGACAGGUCAAAAACAAAAAGGAAAACAGGCACAAAACAAAAAAGGAAAGAUAGACAAAAGAAAGCAGACCAACGCUCAAGGCAAAAGAAAGUCAGGGGAAACACCUGAGGGUAGUGACGUGAAGAGGAAAAGAGAAGGAGAUAUGGAAGUGGAAGUGAGCGAAGGAAAUAAAGAUAGGGGGAGCGGGACGAAAAGACGUCACGAUGAUGAAGAUGAAGGUGAUAAUAAACGUCAACGUAAAGAAAGUACGAGCGAGACGAACCGGUUUGGUACGAGAGAGGCUUGUACUCUAUUUGUUAGCAAUCUCGAGUUCAAGGUAGACGAAAAAAUCCUACGUGAAAAGUUAUCUGAGUUUGGUAAAAUUGUGUCAAUGAGGGUAAGAGCUGGAGUCAAAGCUUUCGGUGGAUCUAUAUGUUACUGCCAGUAUGAGACACCGGAAUCAGUAGACGAAGCAGUAAAACAUGACCGUGUACCGUUAAACGGUAGACCGAUGUUUCUUUCGCGGUAUACGGCGACGAAAAAUACACCCACAUUCAAAUAUCCCACCGAUGUUGAGAGGAAUAAGUUGUUUGUAAAGAAUUUACCAUUUUCCCAUUGCACUAAAGAGGCUCUUACUGAGAUAUUUGAUAAACACGGUGCUCUAAAGGACGUACGAGUCGUCACUUUCAAAGAUGGAAAACCCAAAGGCCUUGCAUACAUAGAAUAUGAAGAUGAGGCAUCAGCAACCACUGCGUUGGACAAGACAAAUGGUCUACUAGUCGCCGAUCGGAAGAUAGAUGUCGCUAUAAGCGCACCUCCGCCAAAGAAAGACGCAGGACAAGCGAGUCUUGGCUUGCCCAAACGAGAUACGGGAGGAGGAAUGAGACGGACACAGCUCAGCAGUUUCAUACCCAGCGUGCUUCUAAAGGCAUCGACAAGUAAUAGCAAUGGCUCAGCCAAUGGCGAUAAACGACCGCUCUCUAAUCACGACUUCAAGAAUCUUCUGCUCAAAAAGUGAUGGGAACAAUAAUAGUUUUGUCCGAUUUAUAUAGUAAAAGCAUUAUUCAUUAUGAAAAAAUUGAUUAUUCUCGCUCUCUGGGCCGAAAUAAAUAAUCAUUAAAAUGAAGAGGCUGUUGUCUCUGUGUUGGCGAAAGUAAGGCUUGGUUUCGAAGGCUUGGCUGAAAAUGACCAAUAAAAUACACAAUUGCCUGCCCCAUCUGGUUACGGGUGAGAAGGUGGAGUGUGGGUAAAUUUUAAUCCGACAUUUUUAUACGAGAACAAAGAAAUUAAGAUAUGAAAUAAUUUUUUAACAGCUAUUAACAUAAAAGUUACUUAAACAAAACAUAUAAAUAAUUUAAGUCUAAACGGGUUAAUAAUUUCAUGUGUUAGUUAAAUAUUUAAGCCAAAUUAAACAAUAUAUUAUUGGGGUCUUCUCAUCAAUUACAACGAUAGAGUGGCUUUUUUUAUGGUAUACAAUAAUUACAUUUAUAAGUACUACGCAAUGUUUAACCAUUGUAUUUGAAUUUUCCAUUCACAUUUGUAGGAUUUAAUGAGUAUUAUUGUCAUACAGUACACACUUUUAUUCUUCAGUUUUAUUUACAGUAAUAAUAAAUUACGGUAAGCCUACUACGUAAUUUCAAUAUUGAGUUCAAGUUUGAAACAUCAAGAUCAUUUUCUUAUAGAGAUAAUAAUUGAAAUUACGUGGUAAGUGAGAUUUGUUUUUAAAAAAGAUAUUGUAGAAUAAGUAACAGUUACUUUAGAAAAUGUAUAUAUAUUUUAGUAAUUUUCGUAUUUUAGAGUCAGCUGGCUGCAUUAUAAUUCCGUUUUAAUUCGCAAAAUACCAAUAAAAUAGCUAUAUUCUUAUAUAUAUUAAAAGUAUAUAUAUAUAUAUAUAGAAUGAUUUAUUAGUACAUUCAACGGCUCCCUCUGAAUACAUAAUACAUCAUUUAUUAGAGCAUUUCAGCGCCGGUAGCCUGUUACUUUUAAUAGCGAUCCCAACUGCACUAUUUAGUAAUUGUCGCAAAUUACAGAGUAAUGAGGCUGAAAUGCUACAGAUUAUAUUUAUGGUAUAGUUCUCUCAAAAAAUAUCUAGCUCCUUCAAUAUUCUGAGGAAGUUAUCUAAUUAUCUAUAGAUUCCCGCCAAUGAUUUUACCUUACUAUAGGUGUAUACAGGGUGUACCAUUAAUAAACGUCAAGCCAAAGUCGUGUGAUGGGGAGUGACAAGGUCUAACCUAACCCCGGAACAUUAA